AUCUCGGCUGAUUCAUGCAACACUGUCAACAAGCAAAGCCAUGUGGAUUUGACUGGGGUGUAAAAUAUGGGUAAAAGAAAGCAUGUGUUCAACUGGAAAGCCCGUCAACAAAACACAACAGUUCAGGACAAGUCAGAUGGAAAAAAAAUUAAAUUGGAUCUUGAUGCUAAAGAGAUUCCUGAUAAUGAUGACACCAAUGUCCUUGUGUUGCCAUCCAAAAAAAGAAAUGUUAAGGCUAAACAAAAAACUGUUGCACAUUCUAUCAAACAACUCAGCAAAAAAGAAAGGAAGAAACUUGAGAAAGUUAUAGAACAGAAGGAAAAGAAAUCCAAGAGAGCUGAUCUUCUGGAAUCAUUAUCAGCAGUACAAGCUACUCCAGAAGAACUGCAGCAGCUGUCAAGUAUAGCAGACGUCCAAACAGGGAAGUUUCAAACAAAAUGGACUCCUAACACUGUUGAAAAAGGAAGACAAAGCAACACUGUAGUAGGAGGUUAUAGAAAGAAAACUGAGGUGAACAUUGAUGAAGACAGUAGUGAUGACUCAGAAAGUUCAGUCCAUACAUCUGAAAUCUCAUCAGAGGAGGAGGAACAGGAGGAGGAACAGGAGGAGGAAGAGAGGGAGAAGGAAGACAAACAAUCUAAUGAAGAAGACAUUGCAAAGAGCAAAGAUGAAAACAGCAGAAAACACAAUGUUGAAAAUGGAUCUGAUUUAAAAAUGUCAGAGGAAGUGAAGAUAACAGAUGUUGAUUUUUCCAUUGAUAAAGCCAACAAAAAAUUAACAGAACAGAAGCCUGUUGUAAACAUUCAAGUCAACAGGGAACCAGAAAUACAGGAAGCAAGAUUUAAGCUACCAAUUUUGGCAGAGGAACAGAUGAUUAUGGAAACCAUUAAUGAGAACAAUGUGGUAAUUAUUUGUGGAGAAACUGGAUCAGGAAAAACAACUCAAGUACCCCAAUUUCUUUAUGAAGCUGGUUAUGCUCAUGCUGGAGGUAUCAUAGCUGUGACUGAACCUAGAAGAGUGGCUGCUAUCAGUAUGUCACAAAGGGUGGGAGCAGAAAUGAACCUCACCAGUAGAGAAGUGUCGUACCAGAUCAGAUAUGAAGGAAAUGUGACAGAGAGUACAAAGAUCAAGUUCAUGACUGAUGGAGUCUUGUUGAAAGAAGUUCAGAAGGAUUUCUUACUGACAAAGUACAGUGUUGUGAUAAUUGAUGAGGCCCAUGAGAGAAGUGUAUAUACUGACAUACUGAUAGGUCUCUUGUCUAGAAUUACUCCUCUCAGACACAAGAGAGGAAUUCCUCUGAAGCUGAUCAUAAUGUCAGCCACGUUGAAAGUGGAGGAUUUUACAGAAAACCCUAGAUUAUUUAAAACAGUUCCUCCUGUUGUCAAAGUGAAUUCUCGUCAAUUUCCAGUCACUAUUCAUUUCAACAAAAGGACCCCUGUGGAGGGAUAUCUUCUUGAAGCAUACAGAAAGGUAAACAUGGAGCAGUGGUAA